AGCGUUUUUAUUGGUCAGCAUUCUUGCGUACGUGUGACGUAAUCACGCACGCGUUCGACCGUCCUUGAGCUGCACAGAAGCAAAAUGGUCGCGUACUGGAGACAAGCUGGUCUAAGCUACAUCCGCUUCUCCCACAUCUGCGCUAAUGCGGUGCGGGCUGCGCUCAAGCCGCAGUUCAAAGCGGAGGCAGUGAAGGCCGCAGAAGCUAACGUCAAAGUCAACAAGCCCAAAACAGCAUGAUUUGAGCCUGUGCUGUACAGUUUGUUUGUUUUUUUGCUUCUUUGUUCCUGACAUUGUCCAGCCAUGUGCACUAGAAAAAAUGGACAACACCAAGAGAAAUUCAAAGGGGGACCUGGAUGAAGUUAUUUUUCCUCAUUUGUAAUUAAAUAUAUACA